UGUUAUGCUUUUAAGGUUAUGUAUGUGUUUGUGUUGCUUCGCUGUGCAAUCGCAAUGUGCCUUUAAUAGUGAAAUACUGAAAUCUCUAUUCGAUCCACUAGUAGGCCUAAGUCACUACAAGCUAUUAGUUGUGUGACACAAAAUAAUCUAAAAUCGGACUUAUUGCAUCGUCCUUCUGGAAUUUUACUUAGGGCCUAGGAGAACAAUAGACAUAAGAGCUUGGAACCCUUUGAUACUAGAUAACCUGUAUUACAUUUAAUUAGUUGGUUAGACUAGUAGAUGGGCUUGAUUGAAAAUGAACUCGAAGAAGUACAUAAGCUUUGUGAACAUCUCAUCUCUGGUAGUCGGCUCAUCUCCUGUGUUCAGUCUAUGGUCCGCGUCGAAAUAAAAAAAACACAGUUUAAACAAGUGGUGAUUUGUAUCCAGUUUCCUAAGGAUUAUCCACAGUCACCUUUGCUCAUUGAGUUGAAAUCUAAAACUCUGUCAGACCACUUACUAGCAAAACUCACCUCAAUCUGCGAGGAGGAAGCAAAAAAGUAUCUAGGAAAGCCUCAGAUCCUCAAGGUCCUGAAAUUUUUAAAGAGUUUUAUUGAAGAUAACUUACUUUCUUGCUGCUACGAUGAAGUUGUCACCUUAAAAAAUAAAUUGGUCAGUGAGACCGACGAAUUAAAAGUUCGUCAGAAAACAUCAUCUUUGAGUCUUAAAGUUAGUCAAGACGGUUACUUUUUGAAGACUAAGAUCUCGGUGCCUGACGACUAUCCACUUGCUUCAGUUAGGGUAGAAUAUGUGGACACCAACUUUCCACCUUUGUUCCACCGGUUCUUUGUUGCUCAAGCAAACGAACUAUCAAGACAGUGUGUUGAACCUCCAAUCAGGAGGAAGACUACAGACCCCCCCUUCAGUCCCAAACCCUCUCUGCUUCCAGUCGCUAGCUUUUUUGUUGAGUCAGUCAAAAAGUUUCCUCAAGAAAAAUGUCAGCUGUGCAAAGAAAAAUGUCUACCAACCGAUCCUCAGAAAGUGGAGCCUGAUGAGUCUGCAGAUAUGCAUGUGGAGAGAGUUUACUGCGGACAUUUGUUUCAUCUGCUAUGCCUCAUCACCCACAUGAAAACCCCUCCAUUUAAAGAUGGCAAGAAAUGCCCACAGUGUGCCAAGCAGAUCUUCCAUGACAAGUGGAAGGUGAGCGAGCGCUUGGCCGAGGCUCGAUGGGCUCACCAGCAGGCCCGCGACCGAGAACUGCAGGAGGUGUCUGAGUUUUUUGAGUGAACUCUGCACAGGUAAUCGAAGAAGUUUAUCAGUCCACAGAUAAGCUCCAAAUAAUUCUUUAGUAUAUUUGAUUACUUAAAAUUUUAUAUUCACAUCAAUGUUACAACAGGUAAAACAAACUUACUGUCCAACAUCUCAAUAAAAAUGUUAACGUUUGGAUUAUUUGUAUCCAACUAAAAGAAAAACAACUAAAAGAACAAUUGUAGUUGUUUUUCUACAACUAAAAGAAAAACUACACAAAUUUGCAUUAUAAUGAGCAAUUGAUUCAAUUGUCAUACUUGUGUUUAACAUAAAAUUAACCACAGACCUGAAAAAAUGAUCUUUAGUUAGUUCAAUUAGGAUAAGCGAUUGAUCAACUAAUGUUGACAAUUGACUAAAUUGAGUUUAAAUUGUAGUUUUUUGAGCUCAGUAUUGCUCGUUUGUUAUGAAACAGAAACACAAAGGCUUAAUUUGAGUAUCCAAACUAUUUUCAAUGAAUUAAAAACAUUUGCUAGAAUCUUUUUGUUGCCAGUUGGGUGAAAGUAAUGUUUAUCUUAAAUUGAACAGAAGUCAAACGAAUUAAGAAAAAAGUCUAUGCUACGUUCACAAAAUUUAGCCGGUUUGAGAGGAAGUGCCACCACUACUUUUGUUGUUCAAUGUAUAUGUUGCAGUCGAUUGACGUUUUGGAAAACAGCUGUUGGGCUAUUGUUUUAAAGGUACGAUCAAGUGGAGGAGAUAGAUUUCUUCCCUUAUAACAGGCUAAAUUUUGUCAGUGGAGUAUGCUCAGUGUUUAGACAUUUAAGUGCAUAGCAAGUGAAACAGCAAAAAGGACCAAUGAAGUUGAUAGACAAAUAGGUACUGUAAACUCAACUUAAGAAUCAAAACGUAGAUACGAGGGUAAUUUUUUAAGUAGGAACCGUUCUGUAAUAAAAUAAUAGUUAAGAGACUUUUAACAACCUAAAAUGUAUCAAAAAUUAAAAUGUGAAACUUUUUUACUUUUCAACGUUUCCAUCCACAUUUGAAGUAGUCAAACCGAGGCUCUAGCUUUUGGAUCCCUUCAUCAUUAUAACCUUGCCGUCUGACCAUCAUCAGUAUAUAACUGUUUCUUUGUCAUCAUUGCCAAGUGCUCCCCACCGAGACAUUGCUCCAGUUUCGGAAAAAAUUAUGAUAUAAUAGUGUCAAGUCUUGGCUGUAAGGCAAAUGCAUGAUCCAGUACUUCCAAGUGAACAUUUUCUAGUUCUGUUCUUGUUCUUGCAGCUGAUAGUUGUGAAGCAGAACAAUUCCGCUAGACUCUAGCAAUUUUGAACAGCAGACGCCAUUCACUGGAUUGGUGUUUUGUCUCUGUAGUGCACAAUUCAAGUUUCAUCUCCAUAACAUCGUUGUAGGGGUCCAAAAAAUACAAAGAAUGUAACAUUCACUUUUUUGUGUUCUUCUGUCAACAUUUAUACCAUCUGUCUGCCACACAUCUUUGAGU